CACGCAUCAUUUUUCAGUUUCAGCAGCCCGCCCCUUCAAAAAGGCUGUGUGUUAUGGAGACAGACAACCACGCUAUACUUACUGUUGACGACGCGUCUCACCAUCCGUCAGGCACAAUGACCGUAAACAAAUACUCUGUCCUUUUACCAACAUAUAACGAACGUGAAAAUCUGCCCAUCAUCACCUGGCUGUUGGCCAGAACUUUCACACAAGAGAAUGUCGAUUGGGAAGUCGUCAUUGUUGAUGACGGUAGUCCUGACGGCACGCAAGACGUCGCCAAGGAAUUGCAAAAAGUUUACGGUGAAGAGCACAUUCAACUGCGACCACGAGCCGGCAAGCUGGGUCUAGGCACAGCAUAUGUUCACGGUUUGCAGUUUGCAACAGGCAACUAUAUUAUCAUCAUGGAUGCCGACUUUUCACAUCAUCCUAAAUUCAUCCCCCAAAUGAUUCGACUCCAAGCACAGCACAACUACGAUAUUGUAAGCGGCACACGAUACUUACCAGGUGGCGGUGUAUACGGCUGGGAUCUCAAGCGCAAACUUGUCAGCCGAGGGGCAAACUAUCUUGCCACCAUCAUGCUGCGUCCAAAGUCGUCUGAUCUGACAGGCAGCUUCAGACUUUACAAAAAGGAUGUGCUGUAUCAGCUUAUCAAUGCCACCAUCUCGAAGGGUUAUGUGUUCCAGAUGGAAAUGAUCGUUCGAGCACGACAAUUCAACUACACUGUUGGUGAAGUUCCGAUCACUUUUGUGGAUCGAGUGUAUGGUGAGAGUAAGAUGGGAAUGUCCGAAAUCGCUCAAUACGCGCAAGGCGUCUGGCGUCUUUUUGUUUCCAUAUAAAACCCUUUUCCUUCGCUUCCCUCCCUUUUCCAUACUCUUUCGUUUUUGGAAAAUAAAAUCAC